AUGGAUGCCGUUCAAGUUUCGAAACCGCUUCGUAUUUUAAAACUUCCUUACGUUGCACUGAGAAAUAUAAUAAUGAAUUUGGAUCAACUGGAAGUACUCGAUUUCUCGUUCAUUUCGAAAAAAUGUCGAUCGAUCAUCAAAUCUACAAAGUUUGCGAACUUCACUGUUAAACUCAAUAUGCAAACAGCUCAAUGUCCUUUCGCUUUCAUUCGAGAAAGGAAGACAAUAUGCGAAUUCUCUACGGAAAUCUUGAAAACCCGAAAUAGAUACAUGAACGGAGGAAGAAUUGCCUUGAGUCAAUAUUCAAAUGAUGGAGAAGGGAUUUGCAUUGAGUGUGCUAAAAUAUGGGGAGAUUAUAUAUGUGAUAUAUUCCGAAUUGAUAUUGAUACUCUUGAUUUGGAACCAAAUCAAUCUGUAGAGAAAAUGAUAUCGAUCGCAGAGUGGCUGAACAAACGUCAGUCUAGUUUGAGGUGCUGUUACUUUUAUGGAACUGAAACCAAUAGUGAUAGUCUUGAUCGCUUUUUCGAAACAGCUGAUUUUUCGAUACAAAAGUUGGUUCUCCUACUGAAUCAGACUUAUAAAAUAAGCCCUUUGAGUCCCAAGAUUUUGAAUGUUAAUUGUUUGUGGGCGAGCAGUAAAAACUGGCGGCAUCUUAUUGAUUGGAUUACUGUAGAACAUAUACUGGCUUCCAACUGUGUGACUUUAUGGAUAGAAGCGAGCUCAUUUCAUGAAAAUGAUCUAAACCGAUUCAUAAAAGGAUGGUUGAAUGGAAACAACCCAACCAUGGAGUUUUUCCAUGUGAUCGUUAAACGACUUGAUCCUGAUCUUCUCUUCGACGGAAUUAGAUAUGAAGAGAAGGAUAAUUCUCUGAUAAGAAACUACGAUUGUAAAGCCGUUGGUGUUCAAUACGAAUUCAAAGGAGGAUUUGACAUACGCCGGAGUGAUGGCAGAGUUGCGACACUUCAGCAAAAAACUCAUCUACAAAAUCCAUGUCAAAUCUAUCAUUUUGCGAUGAUUGUCUGGCCUAAUGUUAUAUCUAUGUAA